UAUACUUAGACAUAUUCAUUUUCAGACAUUCUAUCUGUCUUCAUAAGACGUAGCAAUGGAUUGUCAACUGUAGACUUCAGUGUAAUCAAGUGUUUUUGGAGUUUAUGAUACAAUAAUAAAAUACCAUUAUCAUUGUAAUAAUAAAAGUAAAUUGAGUUAGCACAAAAUGUCUGAGUUUGAUGAAAAUCCUUUUGGGGAGCCAACUAUUAACGAUCCUUUCUCCGAUCCUGCGGUGAAACGAGCUGCCAAUGCAGCUCCUGCAUCUCGUGGAAUUGAUGAUUACAAUCCAUUUGCGGAUCCAGCAGUCCAAGGAAAUGCACCAGUACGAGGAGCAUCAAAUCCUCCAAUAUAUGGAGGUGUUGGAGCUACACAUCAACCGGCUACUUUACAGCCAACAAAUCAAGAAGUCCCUCCGCCAAAUUAUACUCGAACUCCACAACAAACUGUUACACAAACUAUUGGGACAACUUUAUCACCAAGUGCGGAGCAAAGAGCUGAAGAAGAGUGGAAAACAAGAAGAGAAGAAGAAUUGAGGAAUCAAACAUUUUAUCGACGCAAUAAUUGGCCACCAUUACCGGAAAAAUGUUGUAUUCAGCCAUGUUUCUAUCAAGAGAUAGAGGUGGAAAUUCAAACAGACUUUCAGAAAGUUGUUAAACAAUUAUAUUACCUCUGGAUGUUUCAUGGACUUGUUUUAUUACUUAAUGUAAUUGGUGGCUUUGCUAUCAUGCUUCACUAUAAAACUUCUGAAACUUUUGGACUGGGUAUUCUCUACCUCAUUCUCUUCACCCCAUUUUCAUUUGUCUGCUGGUUUAGACCAGCAUACAAAGCGUUCAAGAGUGAUAGUUCAAUCAACUUCAUGGCAUUCUUUUUUGUUUUUUUCUUUCAACUUGUUGUUACAAGUAUUCAAGCUAUUGGAAUACCAGGAGCAGGAACUUGUGGUAUAUUAACGGCUAUAAGUUCGUUUGAUGGAACUGGACCAGGUACUUUUGUUGGUAUUUUAGUUCUUUUAAUUGCUGUUUGUUACGGAAUUGCAGUUGCUGGAGAUAUUUUGUUAUUAACUAAGAUUCACCGAAUCUAUCGUACAUCAAGUGCAAGUAUGUCAAAAGCACAACAAGAAUUUGCAACAACAUUUUUGAGAAAUGAACAUGUGCAAAAUGCAGCAGGAAAUGUAGCAGCGAGUGCAGUUCGUGCACAAAUGGCAAAUACAGCACAGCCACGUUAUUAACAGUAACUAUCAAAUGUUAAUGAAACAAAAAAGUUUUCAUUGUUAAAAACUUUUUAAUUAUCGACAAAAAAAAAAUUCAAUCAACUUAUUGAUUCGAGAUAAAAUUGAAGAAAAAAAGUAAUUUGGCAAAUGAUACAUUUUGUCUUUAAAAAGAGUUAUUAAUAAGUAAGAAUGAAGGUAUAUGAAUUUAUUAACCAUUUUUUGUUGGUAAUUUUAAUUUAUCCUAUCAAUAUUUAUUGUAAUUUAAAUGAUUCAAAUUAAUUAUUCAAUGAUAGGUAACCAUCAAUAAUCCUUUAUCAAAAUUUUGGAAAUAUUUUAAUCAAUUUCAAAAUAAUCCAGCUAGUAAGCAUGGAAGUGCUCCGUUUUUCAAAACUUUUUUUUUAAACGGAAUAUUUUUAUGCAUAUUGAUUGGACUAAAUAGACUUAUUCACAAUAGAUUUAAAAUAUUGUAUCAAUAAUCACGGUUAUGUUGUGAUAAAAAUUUGUGUGAGAAGUGCAUAAAAAUUUUUUUCUUAUCCACGAUUUCAGUGAUGUAUGCUUCUGUGAAUUUAUUUUUAUUAUUCAACCUCUUUUUUGUAGUUAUUAUCAAUAGUAUCUUUUUAUUUUAAUCAAAUUUGUUUACAAAUCAAUGUAUUGGCAUGUCUGAAGAACUGAUACAUGAAUUAUUUAUGUUAUAAAUAAUUAUCUUUGUUAAGAAAGAAAAUAAACUAUAAUACUGAACAUAUGUUUUCAUUAAUUUUAUAUUGUGAUUAUUAUAUCAAAUUAUUUAAGCAACUAGUCCGCUUAUAUAAUAAUUUUUUUAACGUAAGAGUGUAAUAGAAUAAUGAAGUAAUUGAAUGACAGUACAUCGAUCAAAUGAAAAUGGUUUAAAAUUUAUUUUGAAGUUUAUGGAUACUAAUAGGUUGUACCGAAAUUUAAUAUCAGAUCAAUAUUUUUUUUUUGAUAAAUGAAACUGUUAGCUAAAUAAUAUACUCUUUAUCAAUUGUAUAAGAAAUCAAAAGAAUAUUAUAUCAAGUUAUCUUUAAAACUUUGUAAAAAUAAAAUAGACAAAUCAAGUGGACAAAGCUAACUUUCUAUCAAUCAAGCUGUAGCAAAAAUGUAUAUUGUAAUAAU